AAGGAAGGAAGGAAGGAGCUGAGGGGGUCCCGCGCCCGUGUCCGCCGUGCCGCCGCCGCUGCCAUGGUGCUGUGCGACGUGUGCGGCCGGGCCCUGCCCUGCGAGGCGGCGGCCGGGCGGCACUCGCGCCGCCCGUCCCUGUGCCGCCGCCAGCCGCGCUGCCCGCUCUGCGCCGCCGCCGCGGGCUGCGACGAGCUCCGGCGGCACAUGGAGACGGCCCACCCGGAGCCGGGCCCGCCCGGCUCCCGCAGCCCCGGGGCGCCGCCCGAGUGCCCGUUGUGCGGGGAGGCGGCGGGGCGGGAGCUGGAGGAGCACGUCCGGGCGCGGCACGGGCACCUGCUGGGCGCCCCGGGCACGGACACAGGGAAUGGUGAACAGCUGUAUGAAUGUCCUAUGUGUAGUCUCACCUGUACAAACAUUCAGAUUCUUGAAGAACACGUGGAUUUACACUUAGAGGAGCAUAACUUUUCAGAAGGUGGGAACAUUAGAGAUCUAGAACUGGCUCAGCAACUCCAGACUGAAGAAGAUGAACGGCAGAGAUCAGAAGAAGAGAAGCGAGAGAGAGAAGAAUUUCAAAAGCUGCAGAGACAGUAUGGCUUGGAUAAUUCUGGUGGCUUCAAGCAGCAAUUUCUAAAGAAUAUGGAAAGAGAAGUUGAUAGAGGAAGGAUGCAGCCCUUUGAAUAUCAUAAGAGAAAAGCUGACAUGAUGGAAAGUUUGGCUUCUGGUAUAGAUGAUGGCAGAACUAAGACAUCAGGAGUCAUUGAAGCAUUGUGCAAGUACUAUCAGAGUGAGAACAAAGAUGUGAGGCGUGUGUGGCUUUCAGCAGGAGUAGAUCACUUCCACUCAUCUUUGGGUGACAGAGGCUGGGGUUGUGGUUACAGGAAUUUCCAAAUGCUCCUUUCCUCACUGUUGCAAAACAGCUUCUACAACGACUGCCUGAGAGAUACUACACUAAUUCCUAGUAUCCCAAAGAUUCAGUCCAUGAUUGAAGAUGCCUGGAAAGAAGGUUUUGAUCCUCAUGGGGCAUCUCACUUCAACAACAGAUUACAUGGUUCCAAAGCAUGGAUAGGAGCAUGUGAAAUUUAUUCACUGUUAACCAGUCUCAGGAUAAAGUGCCAAAUCAUUGACUUUCACAAACCCACUGGCCCUAUGGGUACACAUCCUCGCUUGUUUGAGUGGAUUUUGCAUUACUAUUCUACAGAUAAUGAAGGUGGUGCAAAGGUGGUGUGUACUUCCAAACCACCUAUCUACUUGCAACAUCAAGGCCACAGUCGUACUGUUGUUGGAAUAGAAGAGAAGAAGAACAAAAGCUUAUGUUUGCUACUGUUUGACCCAGGAUGUUCUUCCCAACAAAUGCAGAAACUCCUGAAACAAAACAGUGAUGGAACUGGUCUCAGACUACUUCGGAAAUUUGUGGGUAGCCUAAAAGAAAAGCAAUAUCAGAUAGUGGCUGUAGAUGGGGUGCUCUCUUUGGAAGAGAAAGCUGACCUAUGUUCCAAUUCUGGGGUGUCAUAUCAGCAUUGUUCAGCACGUUCAAGCUUCAGGACACACUUCUAUUUAAACUGUGAAAUAACUGGCAACUGAAUCACUUGCUCAGCUAUAUUUAAUGGGCUCGUUGCCGUGCUUCUCAGGUCUUAACAUCAGAGAAGAUUCCUUAAAGGAUACCUUUGUAACCUGCUUCUGGAACUGGCCGGGUGCAAAGCAUUAAACUUCUGGACUGUGACCCUAACCCAACAAUUUUUAAACUUAAACUGUGUCUCCAUAAAUGCUUGGGAGCUCUGGGAAUGCACAACACUGGAGUAAACCUGUAGUUUUUGUGUUCAGUCAAAACUCUGGCAUCUUGAUACAAAUGUAACUCUAAAGUAUUUCGGUCCUUAUCUCACUAGAAAAUGUGUUAUUUUCUUAGUUGCUUAGAAUUAGCAACAUCUACUGUCUUGUAGCAAAUUAUACACUAUUGUUAAUGAGCAGUGGAGAAAGAUUCUGUGGAGCUACUUCAUUGGAGUUCCUGGUCAUGGUUUGCCUCUAAAUGUGUUUAUGUUGCCACAGUGGCCAGUCCUCUGUUUCUUCAGGGUUCAGUCUGUUGCACCAGGGAUUAAUUUACUAGUGAACUUCUUUUCCAUUAGCUGGCUUCUCUAGAUGUAUCACUUGAAUACAUGUGCUUAGGAAGUGGAUCAGUGUUGGCAUUGGCUAAGAGGUCUGACAAAAGUGGUGUCCAAAAUAUAGUGUGUGUGCUUGCUUUAGGUGCUAUGCAAGACAAUUUUUGGGGGAGAGGAAGAAAAUAUUCCUUUUGUACCAUGAAUGAAUAAAAUUAAUAUAUUUUUUAAAAGUG